AUGCACAAACGAAAAGGAUCAGGAUCAUUUAAAGAAAACGAAUUCUCAAAAACUUUCUCUAAAGAUACAACUAAAGAAAGCGACAAUAGUAUAGGCGAAUUUGAAGACCCAUGGGAAGAUGAAAUAGAAAGCGAACAAGAGUAUAUAGAAGAUAACGAAGCAAAUAUAGACUUAUUUCAUGAUAAAACAAAUGUAUACCUUCCCUCAUCUCGAUCAUUGAAAGAAGACGAAAUUCUUGAACCAGAUCAAUCUGCAUAUGAAAUGCUUCAUUCUAUCAGUGUUCAAUGGCCAUGUUUAAGCUUUGAUAUUUUAGAAGAUAAUUUAGGUAUAGAAAGAACUAGAUAUCCUGUAACUAUGUAUCUUGUAUCAGGUAGUCAAGCAGAUACUAAAAAAAACAAUGUAAUUAAUGUUAUAAAAUUAUCGCAUCUAUGCAAGACUCAAUAUAAUGAAAAUUCAUCAAUUGAUUCAAAUGAUUCUAUUAUAGACGAAGACCCUAUACUUGAAUAUAGAUCUUUACCUACUUUUGGGACCACAAAUUGUAUUAGAGCAUUUUCUAGAAACGAAAAUUAUUUUACAGCAUCAUUUAGUGAAACAGGAAAAGUACAUAUAUGGAACAUUACACCUCACAUAUCAUCAAUUAAUAAUCCAGGAACUUGUAUUGCAAAAGAAAAUAAUUUUCCUAUUUAUACUAUUUCAAAUCAUAAAACAGAAGGCUAUGCAAUUAAUUGGAAUACAUUAUCAUCAUAUAACUUUCUCAUUUCCGGUGAUAAUAAUGGAUACAUUUAUUUAACAUCUCUUUCAGAAACUUCAUGGUUUACAGAAAAAACUCCAUUUUUAGGACAUACAUCAUCAGUUGAAGAUCUUGCCUGGUCUCCUUCAGAAAAAAAUGUAUUUGCUAGUGCAAGUAGCGAUGGAACUAUAAAAAUAUGGGAUAUACGAAAUAAAGAACAUAAGCCAGCCUUAAGUGUUAAUAUUUACACUAAUGUAGAUAUAAAUGUUAUUAGUUGGAAUAAAAAUGUUUCAUAUUUAAUGGCAAGUGGUGCUGAUGACGGAAAGUUUAAUAUAUGGGAUUUACGUACAUUUCAAAGCUCAUCUACACCAUCUUCUAUUGCUUCGUUUUCGUGGCACUCUGCUCCUAUAACAUCUAUAGAAUGGCAUCCAUUAGAAAAAUCAGUUAUUUCAGUAUCAGACAAUAGUCAUGUCUCAUUAUGGGAUUUAUCAGUAGAAAUAGAUGAUGAAGAUCAAUUUACAAAAGAGGCUGAAGGUCUUGAUCAUAUACCUAGUCAACUAAUGUUUAUACAUAUGGGCGGUAAAGAUAUCAAAGAAACUCACUGGCACCCUCAAAUUCCAGGAUGUCUUAUAAGUACAAGUUCUAUAGGAAUACAAAUUUUUAAGACUAUUAGCAUAUAA